CUGAGCCAGGACGUCCCCUUGGCAGGCUAGGGGACUCCAGAGGCGCAGGCCACACCGCGAAGACAGAGCGCUCUCCUCUCCUUGCUCCCGGAGCGCGCUGGAGGGUAGAACUGGGCAAAAGAGAAAGAGGCAAGAAGGAUGGGCAGCAAGGAAGAUGCGGGCAAAGGGUGUCCGGCGGCCGGCGGCGUCUCCAGCUUUACCAUUCAGUCUAUCCUGGGCGGGGGCCCCUCGGAAGUGCCACGGGAGCCCGCCGGCUGGCCGGCCAGGAAGCGCAGCCUGUCGGUGUCCUCGGAGGAGGAGGAGCCGGACGACGGCUGGAAGGCACCCGCCUGCUUCUGCCCAGACCCGCACGGCCCCAAGGAGCUGGGCCCCAAGCACCACCCCCCCAUCCCCUUUCCUUGUCUGGGUACCCCCAAAGGCGGCGGAGGCGCGGGGCCAACGAGCUCGGAGCGUACGCCUUUCUUCUCUCCUUCGCAUCCGGACUUUAAGGAAGAGAAAGAGAGGCUCUUGCCCGCCGGCUCGCCGUCGCCCGGGCCCGAGCGGCCGCGGGACGGCGGCGCCGAGCGGCAGGCAGGCGCUGCCAAGAAGAAGACGCGCACGGUGUUCUCGCGCAGCCAGGUGUACCAGCUGGAGUCCACCUUCGACAUGAAGCGCUACCUGAGCAGCUCGGAGCGCGCCUGCCUCGCCUCCAGCCUGCAGCUCACCGAGACGCAGGUCAAGACUUGGUUCCAGAACCGCCGCAACAAGUGGAAGAGGCAGCUCUCGGCCGAGCUGGAGGCGGCCAACAUGGCGCACGCGUCAGCACAGACUCUGGUGGGGAUGCCGCUGGUGUUCCGGGACAGCUCGCUGCUGCGCGUGCCAGUGCCGCGCUCGCUCGCCUUCCCGGCGCCGCUCUACUACCCCGGCAGCAACCUCUCGGCCUUACCGCUCUACAACCUCUACAACAAGCUCGACUACUGAACGGCCCGCGGCCCCGCGCCGCCCGCCUGCUCCCCGCAAGCCUGGCGUCGGUGCCCUCCCCGUAGGGCUCCGGAGCAAGGCGGCGUGCUCCCAGUAAUAUUAAGAAAUACACCAUGUGUAUUCAUUAUCUCUUAUUUAUGGCCUCUGCCUACUUUUUGUUUGGAUGGUUUCAAGUAUUUAUCGACAUUCUUCGAGCCAGAUCGCCUGCUUUCCACCCGAAACACACCGAUACUCUUCGAAAACCAUUUUCUCGGGUGGUGGUGGGAAAGGGAGUUUCGGCUAGAUUGACAUUAUUAGGAAAAAAAAUCAGAAAAACAGCAAAACCAGGUACACUCCCCUCCCCGUAUAUACACCUGUAUAUAUGUACAUGCACACACAGCCAGCCAAGCCAGCCCUCCUCCUUGGGGGCUUUGGACUAUUAUCGCAACGCCUCUUUUCGUUUCCUUCGUUCCGAGAAUGGGUAGGCGCGAAGGGGGUAGAUUCUAGAUCUGUAAAUAUUUUUAAA